CGACCCAUUAGGCCUAAUGAUUGAGAAUCGAUCAGGCGUUAACUCCUCCAUGCAUAUGUUAAUGUGAUGCGGGACGGGCAGAUAUAUAUACAGGCCGCUUCUGGAGGUCUGGCAAACAGUCUUGGAUUGUACUCGGAUAGAUUCACGUCCUCAGACACACAGACAGCAAUCAUGGUCAAGAAGUUUUCUGUGGACUGGCUCGCCCAAAGCUUUCACGAUUCGCCGCCUCAAGACGUUCUGGAGCCGGUGAAAAAGACGCACAGGCCACACGUACCGUGUGUGGUUCAACCGAGACCUCCAACAUCAUAUGACAAGGUCUAUUUGCAGCCAAAACCAAAGGUUACCAAAGCUGAACAGAAACCAGAGACCGGUAAAGAGAAGGCCACAACCCCGGUUACGCAACGAAGCUGCUCAUCUCCAAGCUUUUCAGAAAACAGCGGCUAUUCGUCUGGUUAUGAGAGCGAAGCGGCCGCGUCUGAAUGCGCUUCCAUCGAAGAUGGACACGAGACUGAGAAGGACGCGGCGACGCGCAGGAUCAGAACCAAAUUCACUCCGGAACAGAUCGACAAACUGGAGAAAAUCUUCACCAAGCACAAAUACUUGGACGCGGGAGAAAGAGUGAAAACUGCUUUGAAACUCAAUCUGUCAGAAACUCAGGUCAGAACUUGGUUCCAGAACCGCAGGAUGAAGCUGAAACGGGAAGUGCAGGAGAUGCGCGCUGACUAUCUGCUGCCUAAGAUGGUUCUUCCGCACGUGCUUCCGGUUCAGUACCACUGCUACGACAGACAGCGACUUCCGUUUCCGCCUCACGGCGCGCUGAUGCAGCAGAUGAUGCCGCUGGUUUCUCAUCACCAGCUCAUGAUGCCGAGGCAGCAUUACUACUGAAGACAGACUCGUUACUCUGAAACACUUAAAUCACAUUCUGUGUGCAAUAUCUGUACAGUUAUGCUUUUUGUAUGAAAAAAAUGUAAUGUUUAAUUGAAUAGAAGAGUUUAUUUAUUAUAAGAAAUAAAGUAUGUUUUAUGCCUAAGUUUGCGUUGCUGGUGAUUUGAUAAGAUUGGUUUCAGAAGUGAAUCGAUCUGAAAUAUUUGUUGUUCAAAUGCAUUUAAUCGUUAUCAGUUUCCUUUGAAGUUAACAGAUACCAUGACAUGCACUCAACUGAGUGACUCUAUUUAGACUUUAUUCAGGAAUUCAGUGUUUUCUUGGAUCAUGUCACAUACUUAAGUUAUUGAUCAUCUGCAACCAAAUGCCAUCAAUAAAAUGAGCCCAUUUGUGAUCUGA